AUUGUUGAUUGGAUUACUGUGGCAGGAACCAUACAUGUUGCUGGUAAACCCACACAUGUAUUGUUCGACUCGGGGGCAACACAUAGUUUUGUGACCCCUGAAGUAGCUGCCCGGUUUUGGGAUUGUUUUGUGGUUGACAGGAUAAACGUGGCCGUCUUGACCCCCGCAGACCGAACCCUUCAAGCAAAUCAGUGUAUCAAGAAUGUUCCAUUGGUCAUUCAAGGCAAAGAGUUUGUGGCAGAUCUGUUAGUCGUGCCUUUAAAAGGGUACGAGGUAAUCCUUGGAAUGGAUUGGUUAUCGAGCUACGGAGUUCAGAUCGACUGUGGAAAGGGAAGGUUGUUGUUCGGCAGAGGUAAACGACCAGAGAUGGUAUACUAUGGAAUCAGUCCUAGUAUGACCGUGUCUUUAGUAGCAGCGAUGAGAGUACAAGAUUUGUUUCAAGACGGGGAUGUAUAUUUGGUGACCUUAUCGGUUAGUGGAGGAGCCACUAAUGAUGAAGUUAAGGUCGAAGACAUAGAAGUGGUCCAAGAGUUUGAGGAUAUCUUUGCACCACUAAAGGAAUUACCUCCACCUCGGAGUAAUCCCUUUACCAUUACUUUGGAGCCUGAAGCAAAACCUAUAGCUAAGGCACCAUAUCGGAUGGCACCUGCAAGCUAUUUGCCAAGUCCAGCAAGUGCUCGUUUUGGAAGAGAGAGAUAG